GGCUCUCAGUCAGAAGGAGCAAGAUGGCGGUGGAGGGUGCUUGUUGGGGCGAAGUGGGGCUUUGGGGGGUCUGUUUGGUCCUGUUUUGGGGGGCCAAGGCCGAGCAGAUGGAUGAGCACCUCAAGCGGGAACACUCCCUCAUCACGCCUUACCAAGGAGUCGGUUCAUCCAGCUCCUCCUUGUGGGAACUCAUGGGCAACGCAAUGGUCAUGACCCAGUUUGUCCGCCUCACUCCUGACAUCCAGAGCAAGCAGGGCGCCGUCUGGAACAGAGUGCCGUGUUACUUGAGAGACUGGGAGAUGCAAGUGCAUUUCAAAAUCCAUGGGCAAGGAAAGAAGAAUUUGAAUGGGGAUGGCUUUGCGAUCUGGUACACCAAGGAGCGAAUGCAGCCAGGGCCCGUCUUCGGGAGCAAAGACAACUUUAUAGGGCUGGGAGUGUUUGUAGACACCUACCCCAAUGAGGAGAAACAGCAAGAGGCACAGAAGAAGAGGUAUUCCGGAGGAAACCAGCGCAUCUUCCCUUAUGUCUCUACCAUGGUAAGCAACGGCUCCCUUGCCUACGACCACGACCGAGAUGGGAGGCCCACCGAACUGGGCGGCUGCACGGCCAUGGUGCGCAACCUCAACCACGACACUUUCCUGGUGAUCCGCUAUGUGAAGAGGAGGCUGACUAUUUUGCUUGAUAUUGAUGGCAAGCAUGAAUGGAGAGACUGCGUAGAUAUUCCAGGAGUCCACUUGCCACGAGGAUACUAUUUUGGAGUCUCCUCUGUCACUGGAGACCUUUCGGACAACCACGACAUCAUCUCUCUGAAGCUGUAUCAACUGACUGUUGAACGGACGAUGGAGGAAGAAAAACGGGACAAAGAAGUCUUUCUUCCGGUUGUGGACAACAUGAAACUGCCUGGAUUGGAGACCCCGAUGGAGCCUAUGAGCGGCCUGGCCCUCUUCCUGAUUGUCUUCUUCUCGUUGGUGGCUCUUGUCUUUGCCAUUGUCAUCGGCAUCAUCGUCUACAACAAAUGGCAGGAACAGAGCCGGAAGCACUUUUACUGACGUCCCUUCUCCGGUUCCUCACCCCGCCCCUUUUUUUGCCUUCUGGACCACGGCUGGGGUUUCUUGCCAUGGGAUUAUCUCAAGAAGCUGUGCUGCCAAGGCUCCAGUCCUUCUGGGCCUUACACUUUGAAUGGUUUGAGUUUCCUAUUGAGCCCUGGGGUGGAGAAGACAGCCUUAUGACCACUUUCCUUUUGCUAUGCCUUCGUUGAACCGAGUCUUCUACAAAAUGUGGCAGUUGAUAGACAUAUCCUCAAUCGCAUAGGUCAGAAUGGACUUGGCAAGCAGAUCUCGGAGACCCUCAGCUGCCUGGAAGCUUGAGACUUUGCACUUGGUGGCAUCAAGGGGGAACGUGAGAGACCGAGGCAUUUUCGCCCUGGAUCUCUGGUCUGAAUGUGAUGCUGCAGGAUGCCUUAGCUAGCACCUGAAGCCUGGAUGCGGGGAGUAAGUGGCCUUCCGGAUAUCGCUGGACUCAAAACUCCCAUGAGCCUUUACCAUUGGUUAUACUGGUAAAGGUUGAUGGGAGGGACAGUCCUAGAACAUCGAAAGGAUUGUGAAUUCCUCUUUGCCUUGACCUCUCUGGCAAGAAAAACCAGUAACAUAUAGGCAUCAAGACCACUGUUCUUGUCACUGGCAGGUCAAGUAUGGUCUGUAGAAGAGGGCAAGCAUUGCACUGAAAACACUAGCCUGCUGAAUAAACAAAUGUGAAUUCUUUCCUUCCUUCAAAAAACAAAGAA